AUGAGCCCAACCAGUGUGGUCUCCGAACUGGGCCGUGGCCUAGAGGAGUCGCAGAAUCAGCGGGAUGCUCGAAUUGAGGAGCUGUGGUUCCGGCUCGACCCUGGAAGGACCGGCGAGCUGGAUUUCAAGGCUCUUCGAGAGGGCUUCCGCAGGAUUGAUCAUCCACUGAAAAAUGCAGACCAGAUGCUGAAGAAGAUUCUGGCUGAGGUUGAUACCAAUGGAGAUGGGAGAAUCCAGUACGAAGAGUUUCAUACAUUUGUUGAUCGCGCCGAUCGUCAAUUGUACAAGCUCUUCAGAUCGAUUGAUAAAGAUGGCAAUGGGAAGUUGGACGAAAAGGAGCUACAGACAGCUUUUCGCGGCGCGGGGCUCACAGUCUCGAAUCGCCGCCUGGCCGAAUUCUUCAAGCACAUGGACGACAACGAUGAUGGGUUUGUCUCGUUUGACGAAUGGCGGCACUUCUUACUGUUCAUGCCGGCGCAAGAGCAUGAUUCCCACCUUGAUGCCAUGCUUUCUUUCUAUAACUCGGUGACAUUUGUUACACCUGAAGGUGACUCGGUGGUGAGCGAGGAGACGCUAGAAGGCUUAGGUACGGCAGGUCCUCCAUGUUCCUCGCGCUCUCUCCUUCAUUCUAUUCUUGGCUCCAUUCUUCGCGUUGCCUUCCCCGGUGGAUACACGCCGAGCCCACAGGAGCCAGCUUCAAGACCCGCAGCAACAGGAGUAGCAAACUCAGAGUUGGCUGCAUCAUCCUUGUUAGGGAAUGAGACGAAGGCUAUUGAUGGGAGAAGACACGUCGCACCUGGCGCUGGUGCCGCCCCAGUCGGGCAGAAGCAGCAUGAGCGGGAGGCAGUGGGAGAGCGCAUCGUCAGCGAUGACACCCAGGCCACUCAUCAAGAGUCAUCAUCCACCGCCUCAGCUGUCAAAACUAGGAGAAAGUUUGAACUGACAGAGUUUAUCCCCGAUCCAGGUUACUUCCUUGCGGGUGCGGUCGCCGGUGGCGUUUCUCGCACAGCCACUGCUCCUCUCGACCGACUCAAGGUAUACCUCCUUGUGAAUACUGGGACCGGGAGCGCCAAUGCUGCCAAAGCCAUCAACAGUGUCGCAUCAGGUCGACCACUUGGUUUGGUGAAGAAUGCGCUUCGACCCUUUAGUGAUGCUAUCCGCGACCUAUUCCGCUCUGGGGGGAUUAAGGGGUUCUUCGCAGGAAAUGGAUUGAAUGUGAUUAAGAUUAUGCCCGAAACCGCCAUCAAGUUUGGCUCCUAUGAGGCGGCCAAGCGCACGCUGGCCAACCUUGAGGGCCAUGGCGACCCCAAGAGACUAAGCUCAGUUUCCAAGUUUAGUGCUGGGGGGGUGGCCGGAAUGAUCGCACAGUUCUGCGUUUACCCCUUGGAUACCCUGAAAUUUCGUCUGCAGUGCGAAACCGUCAAGGAUGGCCUCACCGGCAGCGCAUUAGUGCGGCAAACAGCAGUCAAGAUGUAUAGGGAUGGCGGCCUUCGUGCGUGCUAUCGGGGCGUGACUAUGGGCCUUGUCGGCAUGUUCCCAUACAGCGCUAUCGACAUGGGAAUGUUCGAGUUUCUGAAGAACACAUACCGCACCACGUAUGCGAAGUACACAGGAUGUCACGAGGAUGAUGCGGCACCUGGAAAUAUCGCCAUGGGCAUGAUAGGCGCGACUUCAGGCGCCAUUGGCGCCUCGCUUGUGUAUCCACUCAACGUGGUUCGGACACGAUUACAGACGCAGGGAACUGCGAUGCACUCAGCAACAUAUACAGGCAUAUGGGACGUGACCCGGAAGACAAUUCAGCGUGAAGGCUACCGUGGGCUGUACAAAGGUCUGACACCAAACCUUCUCAAGGUUGCGCCGGCGCUGAGCAUAACCUGGGUUGUGUAUGAGAAUACGAAAAAGGCUCUUGGAUUGAGCUAA